AUGGGUCGCUCGAGGGCCCUUCUCCUGCUCGCCGUCGCCGUCGCUGCCAUCGGCAUCGCCGGCGCCAGCUUCCGUGACGACUGCACCAUCGAGUGGGAGCCCCAGAACGCGGCGUUCUCGCCCGACGGCCAAAGCCUCAACAUGUCUCUGGUGAGCAACAGCUCAGGCUGCCUGCUGCGGACAAAGAAGCAGUUCAUCUACGGGAGCGUGUCUACCUUCAUCAAGCUGGUCCCAGGCAACUCAGCCGGCACCGUCACCACAUACUACACGUCGUCGGAAGGGAAGUACCAUGACGAGAUCGACUUUGAGUUCCUGGGGAACGAGACCGGGCAGCCCUACACGCUGCACACCAACGUCUUCGCCAACGGCACGGGCAAUAGGGAGAUGCAGUUCGUGCCCGGCUGGUUCGACCCCACCGACGGCUUCCACAACUACACCAUCUCCUGGACGCCCUGCAUGAUCGUCUGGUACGUCGACGGUGCCGCCAUCAGGGUGUUCCGCAACUACCAGCAGAGCGACGGCGUCCCCUACCCGACGACGCAGCCGAUGCGCGGCUACUCCAGCAUCUGGGCGGCGGAGGACUGGGCCACGCAGGGCGGCCGGAUCAAGACCGACUGGAGCCAAGCCCCCUUCGUCGCCGGCUACAGCGACCUCGUCCACGACGUCUGCCCGUGUGACGGCAGCGAAGAAUGCGUCUACGGCUGCGCGUGGCUGUUCAGCCAAGGGCAGGAGUACUGCCCCGGGCUCGAUCCUCAGCACCACAAGGAGAUGCUGGACCUGCAGAGCAAGUACAGGAUCUACAACUACUGCGACGACUACAGGAGCGGCAAGGUUCCCGGCAAAGAGUGCUACCUACAGCAGUAG